AUGAUGUUUCCCUUGGCUAGAAAUACACUAAGAAGUCUCAAGAUUAGAAGCCUUCAGCAAAUUAGGGCAAGACAGAGCCACAGAAAACACUCCCCAGAUUUUCAUGACAAUUAUGGUAAUGCUAUACUAGCCAGUGGAACUGUUUUCUGUGUUGUUGCAUGGAUAUUUACAACCACACAGAUUGGAGUAGAAUGGAACCUAUCCCCUGUUGGCAGAGUCACUCCAAAAGAAUGGAAUGAUGAGUAA